AUGGCUAUUUUACCCUUUGUUGUUGGCUCUCUACAUAAUGACUUGAAAUUGAAUAUUAAUUCAAACAAGGUUUUAAUUAUUGGACUUGGUGGAGGGUCUCUGGAUAUGUUUUGGCAUAAACGAUUUCCUUGGUUAAAUAUUACAAUAUUCGAAAUAAAUCCAAAUGUUGUUAAAUUAACUGAAAAAUGGUUUGAUACAGCUAAUGAUGACACCAGACACGUUUUUGUACAAGAUGGAAUUUUGGCUUUUAAUGGAAAAUUGAAUAUUGAAAAAGGAAGGAAGGCUGUGAAUAAUAAUGAUUCUCAACUUUACGAUGCCAUAGUAAUCGAUGCUUGUGACCCAAUAAAAAAUGCUUCAAUUAAAAACAAAAAUAAAAAACAACAAGAAACUGACUUUCAACAACAAAUGCCAUGCCCCUCCUCCAAUUUAAUUUCCCCAGCAUUUUUGGGAUUAAUUAAAAGAAAAUUAACUUUGAAAGGGGUUGCAAUAUUUAAUUUAUUACCUUUGGAAAAUGAAGAAGUUAAUGUUAAAAGAUUUGUUCAGAGAAGAUUGGCAGCACAUUUUCCGACUUGUAUUCGAUAUAAAAUGGCUAAACAGUCUAAUAGUUGGUUUUCUUUUUGA